GACAGGAGGAGUCAGAGCCCUGCUUAUCUGCGCCGUUGAGUGACGAUCAGCCUCUCUCCUUGUAUUGUCUUUUCUGUUCUAGCCACUAUUCAUGCUAAAGAAGGCAUAGUAGUGAACAACCAUAUUCAAAGCCAUGAUCAGUACCGGCCCUGGCCACAAGCAGGGAAGCAUAGGCCACACUGCAUACAUUAAUUUUUCGGCCUUUUUUAUGAUUUUGGCUUCUAGCCUUCAUAAGGAUAGGACCAACGCUGGCCAUGAUAGCUCAGUGAGGCACGCAACGGCUCCUCUCUGUAACAUUUUACAAAUUAAGGAUUGAGGAUUCUUAACUGCCGAUCUGGAUAGAGUAUAGUCUGUUUAAGAAGUUCUCAUAUAUACAUCAGAAGAAUCUCUAGUACUCCUAACCUGUAAGUUCUUAACCCCUGGAUUAAAGAAAAGAAAUUUGAGCUAAGUAAUUACAAGGAACUUAUUAAACGAGAGGAAAAAAAAGAGAGAAUGUUCAAUAGUGUUUCUUUGUGUUUUGUUUAGUGCAAAGGACAAAGAAUCUACAAAAAAAAAAAAGAUUACUUGCUUGGGUGUAUUAGUUUCAUUCUUUAUGUUGGAGAGAUUAGUUCCCCCACAACAAGAAUCCUUACUUGAACUUCUCAUCAAGUUAUCAUCUAUCUCUCUAACCAAUUUAGAAACUGGGAAACAGUUGAAAUCUCCCUCCCUCCCUCCUCUCAUGCUUUCAUCUCAGCUCCUCUUUGAUUCAGUUUCCUUUUGAUGAUCUCUUACCCUUCUUCCUCUAAAUGUCUCACCACCAUCACCAUGAAACCAACCCUCAUUUCGCGCGCAUUCCAUCGCAGAAUCAACCUCUCAAAGGUGGUGGUGCCUCUACCUCACAAUCUCACCCAAAUGCUCCUCCACCUGGAAUCCUAAUCAAGACUCGUGAUCGCCACCGUAAAGCUCCUAUCCCUCCUUCCGAAACACCUUUACCACUAAGCCCUGAAGAGAGACUACCACCAAGAAAAACUUCAAACUCUUCCAAAAUACCAUUACUAUCACCCCCUCAAGAGAAACCACUACCCAAAAAACCUCCAAAAUCUUCAAAAAGACCAUUACUAUUAAGCCCUGAAGGCCAUCAUCAACAACAACAACAACAACAAAGGUCUCCACCUCAACCACCACCACAACAACAACAACAACCACGUGUUUCCCCCGGAGGUUACACAACAACACUACCUCCAAUAGCCAAACCAACUCCAUGGAGAAACGCUCCAACACCAUCCCCACAUCACCGCAGAGGCCAGCAACAUCCACCACCACCUUCAACAGACCAAACAAACGCAAUGACUUGGUCAGCUGCAUUCUGCUGUGUAAUCUUCUGGAUCAUUCUCAUUCUCGCAGGUCUUAUCGUCCUCAUCGUCUACCUAGUGUACCGUCCACGCUCUCCUCACAUCGACAUCUCAUCCGCUAACUUACACGCUGCUUACCUCGACAUGGGGUUUCUCCUCAACGGUGACCUAACCGUUUUAGCGAACUUCACAAACCCAAACAAGAAAAGCAGCGUUGAGUUCAACUACUUGACCUUCGAUCUUUACUAUUACAACACUCUUAUAGCGAGUUCGUACGUCGCGCCUUUCGAGAUUCCUAAGAAGAUGUCAAUGUUUGCUAACGUUCAUCUCGUGAGCAGUCAAGUCAGGCUCCAGCAAGAGCAGAGCAGAGAGCUGCAGCGUCAGAUUGAAACCGGUCCGGUCUUGUUGAACCUGAGGGGAACGUUUCAUGCACGUUCGAACUUAGGGGCGUUGUUUAGGUACUCGUAUCGGUUGCAUACUCAUUGUAGCUUUUCCUUGAAUAGUCCUCCUUCAGGAACUAUGCGAGCUAGAAGAUGCAGUACCAAACGCUAGCAUAUUGUGAUUGCGUUUGUUCCAUUUUUUUUUUCUUGACAUCUUUAGAAAUAAUUAAUUUUCGGUACUCAUUGAUGCUACAAAGUUUAUUAAUUUUCUGUAAUCAUUUGAUUCCAUAUGCUGUACUAGUUUUCGCAAAGUAGAACUAAACAAACAUCUCAAUUAGUAUAAUAUAGUU